AGGAGCCCCGGGCCCCGGCCUGGCCUGCUGCUCCCCUCCCCUCUUGGUGUGCGCCUCCUGGUGGGCGGUCGACCCCCAGCCGGGCUCGGACGUCUCCCUACCUUGGGGUGGACCCGGCAGGUGUUCAAUCGGUUGUUCUACAGUAAUAAUGCUGGGUAACCCAAAUCUGGAAUCAUGAAAAUUUUGUUGGUGUUUGACUUCGACAAUACAAUCAUAGAUGACAAUAGUGAUACCUGGAUUGUACAGUGUGCUCCAGACAAAAAGCUUCCUGUUGAACUACAAGAAUCUUAUCAAAAAGGAUUCUGGACAGAAUUUAUGGGCAGGGUCUUUAAAUAUUUAAGAGAUGAAGGUGUAAGAGAAGAUGAAAUGAAAAGGGCAAUGACGUCAGUGCCUUUCUCUCCAGGGAUGCUGGAACUUUUCAACUUCAUAAGAAAGAACAAAGAGAUGUUCGACUGCAUCAUUAUUUCAGAUUCAAACUCAGUCUUUAUAGAAUGGAUUUUAGAAGCUGCCAAUUUUCAUGAUGUGUUUGAUAAAGUGUUUACGAAUCCUGCUGCUUUUGACAGCCAUGGUUGUCUGACUGUGGAAAAUUAUCAUGCACAUUCUUGCAAGAGGUGUCCAAAGAAUCUUUGUAAAAAUGUAGUUUUGGUAGAAUUUGUAGAUAAACAGCUACAACAGGGAGUGAAUUAUAUGCGAAUUGUUUACAUAGGUGAUGGUGGAAAUGAUGUCUGUCCGGUAACCUUUUUAAAAAAGGAUGACGUUGCCAUGCCACGGAAAGGAUAUGCUUUACAGAGAAAGCUUGCUAGAAUGUCUCAAGAUCUUGAGCCCAUGGACUCUUCUGUUGUAGCUUGGUCUUCAGGUGUUGAAAUAAUUUCUUAUUUGCAAUUUCUAAUAAAGGAGUAAUAUGCCA